AUGUCGCCAAUUAAAAGUGGCACAUCAUACUGGUUCUGGGUGCAAGGUGGUAAUUUGGAGUCGGCCAAAAUUUCAAUUAGUCUAGGUAAGAAAUAAUGAUCAAUGUUGUGAAAAAUAUCACAUUUUUUCAGUUGAAUCGGAGGAGAAAAUCGAAUUUUUUUCGAAAUUCGACAAAAAGAAGCAAAACAUUGUCGUGUUGUAUUGUGUUCCUCAUUGUGAGGGUCAAAAUCUCUCGAUUAAAAUCGAUUUCGGAAAACAUCAAUUUUCAACAUUAUUGGCAAUCAACGAUUCUCAAGAAGACAACGAAGAAAAUUCGACAAUGGAUCGAACAAUUAGAGAAUUGGUGAGUUGAACAUUUUUCAGAAUGUUUGAAUCGGACCCAAAAAAUCGGACCAUUUUUUGAAAAUUUCUUGCUUUUGGCACCAAAAAGAAGAUGACUUUCCCCGAUUCAGAAAACCUUCAAAAUCGGGUCCGAUUUCUAUGGUCCAAUUCAAAAACCGCAAAAAGUUUUUGUCUUUUUGGUUACUUUAGCCCCACCAGAGCUUGUACAGACCUAUGUGCGGGAAAAAAUCGGAAUAAAUUUGAGUCUUGCAGCAAAGCGACCCCCUUUGGAAAAAUCACUCAAGCGAUUUACCACGGAUAUCCUCAUUCAAUUGCCAAAAUGUUACCACAUCAACGCAGUAAGUUAAUUAUCAAAAAGCGCAAAACAGGCUUGUGCACCACACCAAGUCAGUUCAUUCUGAAACCUCCCAUGUGAGCUCAGGAAAUUUUAAACUCUGGAAAUUGAAUUUCAGAUUGGAAGACAAUGGUGCCGUAGAAAAUGAAGAAGCUGGUGAACCGAAACCGAAACUACAAAAGGUAUGGCAUGGUAAAAAUAAUACGUUUUAGAAUGUAGUGCAAAUAAAUAUUGCUAAUAUUGAAUUCAAAAAAAAAUAAACUUGUUUUUCUGGAUAUUUUGGAACGUACCACGCCCAGCGUGAGGCAUUUGCACGGCGCCAAUAGAAAAUACGGCAAUUCACCUCGCCAAUUUGAGAUUUUCUUCAAAAACAGCAAAUUUUUGCUUGUUUUUCCGUAAAAAAGUCGUAUUUCUCAGUCGAAAAGGUUGUUUUCACCUCGCCAAAAAUUUUCAAAACCCACACCGCCAAUUUAAAAAAAAAAAUUUGCACGUUUUUUGGAGCCAAAUGAUUCACAAUGAAACUGAAUUUCGUAAUCUCAAUUUUCUAAUAGAAAAAUGGUGAAACGUAAAAUUUUCGGGAUUUUUUGUGAGUUGGAAAAUCCGGUUAAAUUUCAGAAUUUUUCACAAAAAAUCUUGAAAAUUGCUCAUUUUAACGUUAGGACCAUUAAAAACCUGAAAUUUUCUGAAAAAUUUGCCUCAAAUCUAAUUUUUUCGAACAAAAAAAAAACAAAUUGUAGAAGUAUCGAAUUUUUCAAACAAAAAAAUUGCCACGUGGAUUUUGAAAUUUUGAACUAAAAAUUAAUUUCUGAAUUUUACCUAGAAAACUGAAUUUUAGCUCAAAAAUUUGAAAUUUUGAAGCUUUUCCAAGUCACAAAAAACCCGAAAAUUUUACGUUUCACCAUUUUUCUAUCUGAAAAUUGAGAUUACGAAAUUCAGUCUCAAAAAUUUUUGCGCAUCUCAACGAAAAUUCACUGAAAAUGAUUUUAAGCUUCCGAAUUUCUCUGAAAUUUUCGGAUUUUCAGCUGAAAAAUGCUAGAAAUUUGAACGUUUUCCUAGAAUUGAUUUUUUCAACGGCCCAGGUCGCGUCACGUGUUCUAUUUUUGCAACAAAAAAAAGUUGAAAUAUAUUUGGCCAUUUCUCGAGAUUUUUUCGAUUGAAAAGCGCCCCUGAAAUUUUCUAAAAAUGAGUAAGUGAUACCGUACAAACAUUUUUAUUAUAAUUAUUUCUUCUUGGUUUUUGGAAAUGGAAUGAUAGUUAACUAGGUCACUUUCUGUUGAAAUUAUGAAUGUAUCCAGAAAAAACCAUUCAUGAAAAUUAUUCUACAGACUUCGAAAAUGUGCUUCUUGGUAUGAUCCAUCCGACCGAAGCUCAAUUAAAGGAAGAGGUGUGAUGUCGGCAAUAAAAAGUAGCACCCCAUACUGGUUUUGGGUCCAAAGUGGAGACUUGGAGUCGGCGAGAAUUUCAAUAAGUCUAGGUAAGAAAUAAUGAUCAAUGUUGUGAAAAAUAUCACAUUUUUUCAGUUGAAUCGGAGCAGAAAAUCGAAUUUUUUUCGAAAUUCGACAAAAAGAAGCAAAACAUUGUCGUGUUGUAUUGUGUUCCUCAUUGUGAGGGUCAAAAUCUCUCGAUUAAAAUCGAUUUCGGAAAAAAUCAAUUUUCAACAUCAUUGGCAAUCAACGAUUCUCAAGAAGACAACGAACAAAAUUCGACAAUGGAUCGAACAAUUCGAGAAUUGGUGAGUUGAACAUUUUUCAGAAAUUUUGAAUCGGACCAUAGGAAUCGGGCCAGGUCUGAUUUUUCGAGAAAAAUUCUGAAUCGGACCCAAAAUUUCUUGCUUUUGGCACCAAAAAGAUGACUUUCCCCGAUUCCUUCAAAAUCGGGUCCGAUUCCUAUGGUCCGAUUCAAAAAAAAUAUCGAAAUGAAAUUCAAUCAUAAAAAGGUCACGUCAAAAAUAUAUGUAUAGUUUUUCCAGUCAUUUUCUUAUUUUUCAUUGAAAUUGCGAACUGACAAUUGAAUUCUGAAACUUCUUCAAAAUCGUUUUUUUUAGAGCCAAAUGAUUCACAAUGAAGCUGGAAAUAAUUCUCAAGGUGGCAAUGUUUUCAAAGAUAUUAAAGGUGGAACUGGAAAUUUUCUAUUACUACAAAAUGAAUAA